CUGCUGAUGUCAUUUGUUUUGCUCUGUACCGGAAGUGCUGCUGUAACAUCACAGGGAAACUCAGCUGGGCGAUCAGAAAAUAAACAAACUGAACUGAAGCGUCCUCAUCAUAAUCAUAAUCAUCAUCGAGUGUCACACGACAGCAACAGGCUUAUUUAAAACAUCCGAUCAUUUCCGCAGCAGUGUGGAACAACACACAAACAUGUGAGCAGGUUCACUUUGUUUGCAUUUUUGUGUCAAGAUGGCUGAUGAUUUGGCCCGCUCCGCUCAACCCUGUGCAAAGCAGAAAUACCGCAGUAAUGCCCAUUCACAGGGGCUGUUAGACGGGCUCCUGAUGCUGCGACAAGGCGGCAUUCUGUUCGACGUGGUGCUCUUGGUGGAAGGAAAACCUAUCCAGGCCCACCGUAUUCUCCUCGCGGCCUCCUGUGACUAUUUCAGUUAUAUUUUUGGGCUGUUUCGCCUUUAUUUAGAUAGGACAGUAGGAGGACAGACGGGAAGGAAAUUGGACCGGGGAAAGACAAUCGACCUCGGGUCACCCGAAGUUGCCCACACGGCUAUGGCUCCGUAUAGCAUGCUUGAUAUUCAAAAGAUUGAGCUACAUGGUUAUUGUUUCCCUGUACAGCGUUUCAUUCCUCUCUGUGUUUUUUUUAGGGGGAUGUUCGCUGGCGGUUUGCGGGAGAUGCAGCAAACCGAGAUCCCGGUUCAUGGAGUCACACACACGGCGAUGAUGAAACUGCUGGACUUCAUCUACACCUCAGAGCUGGAACUGGACCUGGACUCGGUUCAAGAAGUCCUGUGUGCCGCCACUCUUCUGCAGGUGCAAGAUGUGAUCGGCUUCUGCUGCGACUUCUUGUUCUCCUGGCUGGAUGAUGACAACAUCCUGGAGGUGGAAAAGCUCGCCGACAUAUACGGGCUGAACCAGCUCGGGGAGAAAAUCCGCUCGUAUCUGCUCAAGAACAUCCAGACUUUCUCGCGGACGCCCGUGUAUCGAAAGCUUCCUGCGGAAAAGAUCUUGAGUGUGCUUUCCAGCAACGAGCUGGAGGUGAGCUCGGAGAACGAGGUGUUUGAAGCAGCUCUGCACUACCAUUACACCCCUGAACAGGUGGAGAAGGAUGAGGUGUGCUUACAGGAUCCACUGCGGAUGUUGGAAGCGGUGCGGUUCUGUCUGAUGGAGAAGCAUGUGUUGCAGCGCUUGCACAGCCGGUUAAAACAGUGUCCGCUACGAGACUCUGUGGCCGCCGCUCUACGUUACCACAGUCAGGAGAUGUGGCAGCCGGUCAUGCAGACGCCACUCACUCAGCCUCGCUGCAGCUCCCAGUGCAUUCUGGGAUUCGGUGGCAUGUAUUCGUCUAGCGCACUGGUGGACAAUGAAGAGCGGUUCCAGGUGUUCCACCCCUCCUGGGGCGAGUGGCGGAGUCUGGGUGCAGAACGCGCUCCUCGCAUGUCCAACAUGGGCAUCGCCGUGCUCAAUAACUUUGUGUACUUGGUUGGCGGAGACAAGAACACCAGCGGCUUCCGGGCUGAAUCUCGAUGCUGGCGGUACGAUCCCCGCCACAACAGCUGGUGUACUAUCGAGCCUUUACGGCAACCGCAUGCAGAUCAUUGCGUCUGUGUGGUUGAUAAGUACAUCUACACCAUCGGAGGACGAGACUACACCACUGAGCUGGACUGUGUGGAGCGCUACAACCCACAAACCAACACCUGGGAAUAUGUGGCGCCGCUCAAACGAGAGGUUUACGCCCACACCGGGGCAGUGAUUGAUGGGAAGAUCUACAUAGCAUGUGGUCGGCGGGGAAUGGCUUAUCUAAAGGAGACGUACUGUUACGAUCCCAGCGGGAAUCACUGGAGUGUGUGUGCCGAGGGCCCGGUGGAGCGUGCGUGGCACGGCAUGGCGGCUCUCAAGGGCCGCGCGUACGUCAUCGGAGGCAGCAACGACGGGUGCGGUUACAGACGAGACGUCCUCAAGGUGGCGUGCUACAACCCAACAGCAGAUGUGUGGUCUGUGGUGAGCCCGCUGCCGGCUGGUCACGGAGAGCCAGGGAUGGCCGUCCUCGAUGGGAGCAUCUACAUCAUGGGCGGAAGGUCACAUGACAAAGGCAGUCGGAUGAAGUACGUUCACGUUUAUAACGCAGAGGAGGACCGAUGGGAGAGCGGGACAGCCCUCGAGGACCGCGUAUCUGGGAUUUCAGCGUGUGUCUUGCUUUUGCCACAUGCAGCCAUGGCCCAGGCGCGCAGCUGGGAGCAAAGGGCUAAAGCAUCAUGGGAAGAGGUAGACUGGGACGACUCGGACAACUCGAGCGAGGACUGAUGUAUUAGCGAUGCUCAGGUUGGCUGUGAAGUUUGGGGUGUUAUAAUCAGACUUUUUAAGAUUGAUCAGUACGUGUAACCCAUCAAUGUGGGAUUGGUGAAGUCAACGUUUGUCCAGUAACUCAAGAUCCGAAUCCAAGUCUUUCCUGUUUGUGGGUUCAUUUUACUGACUCUUUUAGGUUGUUUUGUUUCUGUUUUAUGUCCAGAACUAUGGGAAACUGUUGGGGAUGCUAACAAUGUACGUGCACUUUACAAAUACAGAUGAAUUGAUUUGGUUUAUAAUGAAGGUGCCUUUAUUUUACUGA